UUGAGUGUUUGCUACAAGCCUACAACCUUUCCUUCCUUUGUUUUCGCUUGUGAGAAAGAGAUCUGAAAAAUGGCUUACAAUCUCCAAUCACUCAUCACCAUUCUCCAAAAAAUCCUUGAUCCUCAACAAUCACUUUGGAUUGUUGAUCGCAACAAGCCACUACUCCAAUCCCUGCUCGAAAAAGCUGAAUCUCUGCUUGAAAAGUCUUCUUCACUCACCAACAUAUCAAGUUUGGAGAGCCAAAUCGCAGAUGUAACAUAUAAAGCAGAAGAUAUUAUUGAAUCACGCAUGGUUUCUUCACAACUUAUGCAAAACCGGAUUUCUAUGUUUGAGCAAGUAGAUUCUAACCGCGUGAGGUUGACCUUUCCCACAGCAGAUCUGCAGCAAGUAAUUCAAGAGCUGGAUUAUGCAAAGGAACAAGUGGUGAAACUCAUCAGUGCUUCUUUCUCGCAUGGUGAUGCGCAGCACGGAACCCAACAACUUGAAUCUACAAACAUUGUGAUGCCGGCCGGUGUUCCUUUGUCGAGCUCCCAGAGCGAUUUGGUGGGCGUUGAUGCAGAUAUGCUGCAGUUGAAGGAUCGACUUACAAAUAUGCAGAGCAAGCUGGAUAUCAUCCCCAUUACUGGGAUGGGUGGCAUCGGUAAGUCCACUCUUGCUCGAAAUCUUUAUGAUGAUCCACUCACCACUAGUCACUUUGAUUACCGUGGUUGGGCUGCAAUUUCACAACUCCCCAAUAUGCGAGACAUUCUGUUAAGUCUUCUUCGUCAUCCAAAUGAAAAGAUAAGCGAUGAACUAAAUGAAUGUAAUGAAAAUGAGUUGAAAGAUAUAUUGUAUAAAAGGUUGUAUGGGCGCAGAUACAUGAUUGUCUUAGAUGAUAUAUGGAGUACCAAGUUCUGGGAUGAGAUAAGGAUGUAUUUUCCAAACAACAGUAAUGAGAGUCGAAUUGUGAUCACCACAAGGGAUUCUAAUGUAGCCCAACACAUUGUAAACUCCAAGAGUUUGCAUCAUAACAUGCAAUUGCUUCACACAUAUGAAAGUUGGGAUCUACUUCGCCAAAUUGUAUUUGGAGAAGAGGAUUGCCCUCUUGAAUUACAACGGAUAGGAACUAAGAUUGUGAGUGAGUGUGGUGGGCUUCCUCUUGCCAUUCAUGUGAUUGGUGGGCUAUUGUCAAAGGUCGAAAGAUCAAAAGAUGUUUGGGAGCAAAUUUCAACAGAUGUAAAAGCUUCCAUUGUUGAAUCAGACGAUCGGUUCUCCAAUAUACUUUCCUUGAGUUAUAACCGCUUACCCAUUUACUUGAAACCAUGUUUCUUGUAUAUGGGAGCUUUUCCAGAAGAUUAUGAGAUUAAUGGAUCUAGACUUAUGAGGCUAUGGAUAGCUGAGGGAUUUGUGAAAUCUAAUGGUGAUAAGAGUUUGGAGGAAGAGGCUGAUGAUUACUUAAAAGUUCUUGUGGAGAGGAAUCUAUUUUUGGUUACACGAAAAAAGUACAAUGGGAAUGCAAUGCGUUACUCAAUCCAUGAUCUUUUGAGGGAUCUAUGCAUAAGGAAAGCUAAUGAAGAGAAUUUUGACAUGCGUCGUCUACAUGUUCAUUCAUCAUUUGAAAUAGAAAGAGUGUGUGCUUCACCACAACGGAUGUCACUUGCUCGAUCUUUUAUUUGCAGUCAGAAUAAGUUUCCAUCCAGUGAUUUUGGCAUAUUAAGAUUGGUUAGGCUGCUAGAUGUGGUGGAUAUGGUUUUCGAGGAGUUCCCAAAAGAAAUAUUGCAGCUUGUCAACCUUCACUACUUAGCUUUCUCCUGCACUUCAGGUAUACCUAUUGGGAUAUCAAGAUUGAGGUAUCUGCAAACCUUGAUUUCAUCAAAAUAUCAAUAUAUGCCCAACAAUGUGCCAUUUGAAGUAUGGGAGAUAUCUGAGUUAAAGCAUCUCAUGCUGCGUACACUAAUCGAAAUCGAUAAAACAGAAAUUGUUCAUAAGACCUUGAAGACGAUUUCCUACGUACGGGUAACUCCUUCACUGAUUAGUAGUGGGUUUUUUAAAAGAAUUCCAAAUAUCAUGAAGUUGGAAAUCUAUUGUGCUACCACACCAAACAUUGAAGUUGAUCUUACCCAUCUUCACAAACUUGAAAUUUUAUCUUGCCGAUCUUCAUUGAAUUAUUAUAAUGGUUAUCUGCACAGACUCAGAUUUCCAUGUCAUCUCAGAAAAUUGUCUAUUACAUGCUGUGUAUUAUGCGGGAGGUUUUUGACAACUCUGUGCGCACUGGCGAAACUGGAAGUGCUAAACUUAAACUAUUGUCGGUUUAAAAGAGACGGAGAGGCAGAGGAAGAGUGGGAGGCGACAGAAGAAGAUGAAUUCCGAUCACUGCAGUUUCUGAGCUUCAAUUCUUUAAAUCUGGUGCGUUGGAAAGCUGAUGAGACCAACUUCCCUAGACUACGAGAGCUGUUUCUAUAUUAUUGCUAUGAGCUAGAGGAAAUCCCCAGCGCCAUUGGAGAUAUCCCAACUCUCAAGACAAUUAGAAUAUAUAAGUGUGGUGCUUCUGUAGCGGCCUCAGCAGAACAAAUUAAGAAGGUGCAGCAAGAGGAGUACGGAAACUACGACCUCAAAGUGGUUAUUUAACAUCAUAGAAGCCAAAAGGUAAAAAUGCUAAACUCCAGCUCUCGUGUCGCUUGGAUUAUGCUCCUAAACAGAUCUGGUGAUCCGUUGGCUUGGGACACGAGUCAUUAGGAUUGCAAGGAGUCCUCCUCAAUGCAGGCUAUGAUUGUAGUUGUUACUUGCUUGUUCCUAUUUUCAGAUUGUGUUAUCAUUUUGCGUAUGAUUGUUCUUAAUUGAACUUGUUAUGUACUAUGUGUCAAAGACUUGGUGCACAUCUCUUUCUUGCUAGAAAUACUUAUUUUUCUUCUCA